UCUUGGCCUUGCUCUCCAUGUUAUCCGCUUCAGAGAAGAGAAAACGAUGAGAGAGACAGAAAUGAGGAAGGGAAAUAAGUAAGGAAAGAACAGCGGAGAAAGGGCAGGAAAACAAAGGAAAGGACUAAACUGUUUUGCAAGACGGUGCCGCAUAAGACACAGAUGACGAUGCUUUCCAAAUCUAGGAUGUGUGACUGUUGAAGUUAAGAUGAGACUUUUCAGUCUGCAAAUAACACAUGGAGAGAAAUGAAGUGUGUCUGAGUUUGUAACUGAGUGGUCGCUGUUUGCUUGACCAAGGAGCACAAGGAAGGAACUCCUUUCAACGUGCAGGAGGAGUUAACACCCCAAAAGUCUUCCACGUUUGAGAUGUCACGUCAGACGUUGCCGGCCAUUGGUUCAUCAGGAGGAAAAACAGCAGGUCACCAGCGCCCCCACCAGGCCAAUCGCCAGAAGCGCAGCCGACAGCAGACAUCAUCUUCCUCCAGUUCACAUCCACAUCCAGGACCUCCUUCAAUCCUCGUCUCAGAUACCACCGUGGCACCUUGGGGAGGCCUCCCUCUAUCUGAUACCUCCUUUACCUCAAUCCCACCACCACCUCCUCCACGACUUGCUCCACAAACCUCACCUCCACUCCCUCCUGCUCCUCAGCCCACACCAUCCACCCCUUUUCAUGAGAGACUGAACAAAGACCAAGAAGAUUCAAGUUCAAGUGUUCCCUCUGAGGUCCCAUCUCCACCUCCAACUGGCCUCCAGGACAUUACAGGAGGUCGAGGGCUGCGAGCGAGUCAGAGGGUGAUGCCCCAGAGUCGAGUGCCCCGUCCUCCCCGCCUUCCACCGCUGCGUCAGGUCACCAACCUCAGCUUCUCUCGGAGCUUCACUUUCUCUUUCUUCGAGCUGCCACUGCACCAGUCGCCUCGCUGCCGGGCUGAGCGCAUCAGAAACCUCAUGCUGCUUUUGAGACAGAUACAUUACUGAGGAAUCACAGCGCCACGGCCCGAUGACUUAUUUUAUUUUAUUGUAAUCCUUACUUGUUUAAUGAUCUUCAUAUGUUGACUGGCUUUAAGUUAAGUUGAAGAUGUUUCACCUCAAUUUCAAGAAGCUUCUACGAACUAAUACAUAACAGUGGACACCAGCUGAUUUUAGCAGAGCCAUCAUAACUGCAGCGGCAGGUCACAGUGACAGUGACAGCAUGGUCAUUCUUCUCUUUAGUCUCAGUGGCACUAGUUGCUUUAUUAACCUUUUGUGUGGUAGGCUUACCAAUAGAUAUGCUGUGGUGAUGUGUUGUAUUUGCCUGCAGGGGAAGAGAACCGGAGCGGUGUGAAUAUAGUUCUUUCUCAGAUGUUGCUGACUAAUCUUUGCUGGGUGAAGAGAGCACAGCUUCGGAGAGAUGUUUGUUUUGUCAGUGAUGUUACUCAUCACGUUUAUUUCGGGAGAUGUUUUUUAGCGUCAGUGCUUUGUAUCAACACCUGCAGCCCAGAGGAUGCAAAAGGCAAAAUGUGAUUCUUUGAUUUGGGGUCCUCGCUAUGAAAGACCCAGACUCUUGCAGCAGUGUUCCAACUCCUCCGAUCCCCUGCUCAGGCAUUCCCACCCAGUAGAGCAGCAUUAACUCAUUGGCUGUUUGGGCAGAGAAAUUGGAACAAAUAGAGGUCGGUUGCCUAGUAACUGUUGUUAGUGGCGGUGAUGAGCAGCUGACAGUGUCCAUGAUCAGGGUGCAGUACCCAGAGGAUGGGAAGACUGGGGGCAGCAGAGGGUUUCUGAGCCACUUAUAUUUUCACAAGCCCAGCUCCAACUGUCAAAUCAUCUCCAGCUUCAUUUCUGCACCCACUCCCACAUCCCAGUGGCUGCUCCUCUGAUCGCCAUCAAUCUCCUGAGCCCAAGGCCUCAAGGUCAAGGUCUCUGCUUCUUCAGUUCAGAGGGUUUGCCUGUGGAGUGUCUGCAGUACCGGUAUCGGCCACAGAAAGACGCUGUGCCCUCAUGAUGUAGAUGCUGCUGGACUUGUCAGUGUGGGAGGGGCAGAUGAUAGACAUGGAGGAGGGAGAUGAUGAACACAAGAUGCAAGUGUGAGCAGGCGAGUGUAGACGGGGAGAUGGACAGGAUUAGAAACUGAGAAUAAAACCACAGAGCGUGAGGUUGGUGCGCGGCUCUGUGAGGAAACAGAUGAUAAGGCCGAGGCUGGAGAACCUGUUGAAACAGUGAGUGAGACUGGUGAUGAGACCAGUGAUGAAAAAGGAAGUGAGACAGAAACUGGCAGUGUAGAUUAGAGAGAAAGUUUAAAGAUUUCAGACACAGUUGUGAGAGCACAAAAAAAGAGAGAGGACAGUAGGGGUGCUGGUGUGUGGUCCGGGCUUCCAUCUACUCUGAAAUACAAAGAUGUGGACAGAGGAAAGAAUAAGGUGUGAAGUAAGGUUAACAUAAUCAGGGAAUUCCACGGGGCAAUCAAUACCUUUCUAAAUCGUUUUUUAACUAACUAGAUUUGUUUAAUUGUCGAGAUGGCUACUGCAAACAGGACAAAUGGGAUUAAUGGCAGAUAAAUAAUAAUGUGUUGUUUUUUCUGAAAUGGUUUCCUUCUACAGCUUUUUUAACAUGUCAGUCAGUCUAAAGAACAUCCAGGAAAGAUGCUCUGGAAAUAGGCUUCACUUCUGCUGCUGACUCAGAACAAACACUGAGGCGAUAUAACAUAACAUGUCAUGGCCGCUUCAAAAAGAACAUCUCAACAGAGCAUCUCCCAAUGUGUUUGGACCAUCUGUGGUGUCUUUUAGUGAAAAACUACACUUUGCACAAACAUGGCUGAACUGACGAUAUAGUUUUCAUACAAUAUGUUACACAUCAACCAUCUGGGAAGUUAAAAAAAACAACAAAAAAAGCCCUUUCAUCUGCGGAGAACCUUGGGACUCAACUUUCAGAGGAAAUGUUUAAGAACAAGGCCAACCACGAGAUUGUCUUCACAUAUUUCUGCUUUAAAUCUAGUUUAUACUGAAACAACCUUCCUGGCACUAGUAGCUGACACGUGAUGAGGACACUGCACUGCACAUGAGAAAAUGGCACCAUAACAUCCUUGCAUAAACGGUUUAGUUUACGCAGCCCCAGGGUCGUCAUGCAAUAUUAUUUCAAUCUUUGUAAAAUCAUGCUCACUUGUAUUGUGCACAGCGGUUAUGUUGAUUAUUAUGAGUGAGCAUGCGGUCGGAAUAAUGAGGCGAAAUGCUGACAUUGUCUAUGUGGCAGGUGGAAAUGGGAGUCAUUUGCAUAUUCGGUGUAUGUGUGUGUGUGUCUGCAAUGUAAAUGUAGUUGUGUUCUCCUGUGCCGCGUGUGUGUGUGUGUGUGUGUGUGUGUGUGUGUGUGUGUGUGUGUGUGUGUGUGUGUGUGUGUGUGUGUGUGUGUGUGUGUGUGUGUGUGUGU